AUGGAAGAAGAUUCAUCAAAAAAAAAUGAAAAUAGAUUUAAACAAUGGUUUAAUCGAAAUUUCAAAUUAAGUUUAAAACCAAUGAUUAAAGCUACAAAAAGUGAACCGACUACACCAGAUUUCAUUGAAGAUGAAAGUCAUAAUAAUAAUAUUAUAAAUUACAACAUUAAUCCUAAAGCAUUAUCUAUGAAAGCGAUAACAUUUCAUCAUAAACAUUCUGGUUAUAAUGAAGCACCAAAAUUUAUGGGUUUAUUACAAUCGGAAUAUCAUAUUAUGCCAGCUCAAAUGAAUGAACUGUCCUCAUCAUCAUUGAAUCAGAAAACAAUUUGUUUAUUCGAACCGAUAUUAUUAUUUUGUUAUGUUCAGUCGACUGCACAAGAUGUAAUAUUUAUUUGGCAAAAAGAUUCUAUUGAAAUACAACCCAGUGAUAGGAUUGAUAUUUUUAGUCAAGAAACAGCCACUCAACUUAGAAUUAAUCAUCCUAAUUUAUCAGACAAUGGAGAUUAUGAUUGUAUUGCAAUGAAUCCUGAAGGUAAAUGUUCUACUCAUACACAUAUUUUCAUUGAAUUACAACAACAACAACCCAAUGUCGAGCUAACGAAUUCCACAUUAUCAAGCCCCAUAGUGGAAGAUGAUGUAAAUUUUCAUCAGACACCAGAGGAUUCCAUUGAACAUGAUGAUCAAUUCAGUUUAGUGAAUAAUGAUCUUGAAAAAACCAUAUCUAAUCAUUUUUCACAUCAAAGUUCAUUAAGCCAUAUCGGGUUUCGGCGUACGGUAUGCUAUUCAAAAUGUUUAAUUGAUACAAAAGAAAAUAACACUGUAAAUAAAACUGAAAAUCUUUUUUUAAAAUUCAACUCAAUAUCUGAAUGUGAAAAUAUCAUCGUCUCAAAUGAUAAGUAUAUUGGUAGUAGAAGAUAUCAAGAUAAUAAUAAUAAUAAUAAAGGAUGGAAAUAUAAUUCAUUUCGAUAUUUACGCAGUUAUGAUAUGAAUCGAAGCAAUCAUUGUAUACAAAAUGGAUACAUUAAUCAAAAGGAUCACAAUCACAACAAUGACAUUGAUAUUCAAAAAUUUGUGCCAAUCAAAGAACAGAUAAAUUCCAAUAAGAUUCAUUCAACAAAUUCCAUUGAUGAUACUUAUAUGAAAGUGAAUCAUUCUAAUUCAGUGGGUAAUGAUGAAAAUAUUGUAGAAGAAAAUGCAAUCAUCCGGUCAAAAACAUGUAAACGACGCUAUCAAUCUAGUGGUUUGUUGACAAAUGAAUAUUCAGAUUAUUUUCAAUACUAUGAUGAAGAUGAAAAAAUGAUAAAUUACAAUAAUCAUAGUAAUAGAUCUCGAGUACGCAAUCGUCAAUCCUAUGCAACAGAUACAUUUUGUUCAAUCAGGAAUGGUAAUCAUGGGAAAUUACUACAUAAAACUGCUUAUAACAAGGUUGGAAAAUCGGGUGCUGCUAACCUUCAACGAGCAAAUAGUUCAGCAAUGUCAAAGAGUUCAACUACAUCCGAUGCAAAAUCACUCAAUGAAUUUCUAUUUCAUUCCAAUCUCUUAAAUGUUAAUCAUCAUCAUCGAUCAGCAGCAGGAUCUUCCAUUUCCGAUAUAGUUUUACUUUCUGGUUGGCUUACACCAAAAUCAAAAUCAUCACAAAUAUCAUUGAAUGAUAUUGAUUUCUAUCCUGUGAAUGGUGUCAAGCUAAUUGAAGUAAGAAUGAUGAAUUCAUCAAGUAAGGUAAAUCAUCAAAGUUCUAUCAGUGAUGUUGUACAAGAGAUUGUAAUGCAAUAUGUGGAAGCUUCACAACAAUAUCAUCAUUCCUCAUUUAGCCGUGAAGAUUCAAAUUAUGGAUCUGUAAGCAGAAAAAGCAGUUUUAAUCUAGAACAAAUCAAACCAAUAAUCACAGAUGAACAUUCUAUGUCAAAUGAAGAUCAAAAUAGUACACAACAAGCCAACAAUGUUCUAAAUAAUGAUAAAGAUUAUGAAACAAUGACAGGUACAACGUUAUCCAACGACACAGCUGAAACUAUGUUGGACGAACGAAAACAAACUAAUGUCAAUGUUUCCGACUGUGAUGAAUCAGAAAGUCAGUCAAUUUACGAAUGUUCUAAAAUCACUCACAAUCAAAUGAAUAUUAAAACAUCUUCAUUGAGUACAUUGAUAUGUAAUAAUAACUCAAAAGCUGAUAAAAUAUAUUUUUCAAAGGAAACUAUUCCUACUGAUGAUAAAAAAACUCAAAGCGAUUCAGUGAACAAGUUUUCUUUAGAAAGUGUUUCACAAAUUUUAGAAAAUUUGCCAAUUAAACAACUGCCUACCGAACCGAUUAAAAGACGUCCAAAUAUUAGUUCAAUAUUAAUUGACAAAAGGUUGUUAUCUUCACCAGAUAACACUAAAGACAAUUUGUCAGUGUCUCCAAUUGAAAAGACUCGCUCACAUAAACUACUAAAGGAACCUUCUCAAAAUAAAACAACUGAACGAUACCAGUAUACAGAAAACGCAAACCGAUUAACACGAUCUAGGAAGUGUUUAAAAGAAUCUCAUCGACCGUCAAUUAGAGAAGAUAAAUCUUCAAAUCAUGGAUUGAAUGAUAGUACCUACUAUCCAAAUGAUAAUUGUAUUGAAUCAACAACAACUUCCAAGGCUGAUGAUGCUUCUUGUAGCCCCAUUGGUCCAUGUAACAUUGUUGUACAAAACUCGGAUGGUCAUAUUAUUAACAAUGAUUCACAAGCAUUUAACAAUGCAAAAUAUGCUAAAACUAAAGAUGGUUUGUAUCGUAGUUCACAUGAAUGUGAUCGACGCCAUCAAAAUAGAGUACAUGAAUUAAUUCAAAAAUUUCAAGUUCCUUCAAAAACUGCCUGUUUAUCUCCUAGUCAACAAAUUAUUAAUCGUAUACCACGUUUACAUAAUGAAAACUUAACUAAACCUGAUGAUUUGACAGAAAAAACAUUUUAUAGUAGUAUUGGUGUAGACAAGAUGAUUACAAAUCAGAUUUUAAAUAAUUCAAGUAAAACAAAUAUGCGUUCAGCGCUACCAUCGUCAUCGUCUCCGUCGUCUCCAUCUCCAUCGUCAUCAUCGUCAUCAUCAUCAUCAUCAUCAUCAGUCUCACCCGAUCAGCUUCGGCGAACUUCGGGAAUAAAUCAUCAUCCUUUGGCAUCUUUAAGAACAGAUAGUAACCAAUGUGAAGAAAAGUUUGAAGAGCCUAUUAUACAGACCAUUAAUCAGUCUACAAAAUAUCAAAACAGCAACGAACAUCACGACGAUGUAACUCAUGCUGUUAGAAAUGAUCCAGUCAAUGCAAUUACAAAAUCUGUCAGCUCAACCAUUACACACAAUCUUGUCACUCGAAGUACUAAAAUUGAAAAUUUCAAUUCAUCAAAACUUCAUUUAAAAAAGUAUUCAGCAUAUACAACACAUGAUGAAUCGAAAGAAACUCAGCGUAAAAUAAUUAAACGUGAGGCUUAUGUAAGUCAAAGAAAGAUAACACCAGAAGAAAACAAAACAGAAUUAACAACAAACUUGCCAGAAAACGGAUUUAUUCCUCAAAUGAAAUUGCUUCAGGUUCCAUCUUUAGAGAAUGAUGUAUCAAAACGGGUAAAUACUCAGUCACCAAAACCUGUAGAACCAUCAGACAAACUGCUUACUCAUAUCGAUAAAUCUCUGUCAGACCAUUCGAAUGUGGAACAUACCAAUGAGAAAAGUUCUUCAAAGUUAAAAGCAGAUCAAAAUGAAUCUAUUGAGUAUCCGUUGAAAAUCAAUACUUUCAAAAAUAUCAAUCCUACUGAUCAUUAUGAAGAGAUUGCAGUGCUUGGUUAUGGUACAUAUGGACAAGUGAUUAAAUGUUUAGAGAAAAAAACUGGAAAUAUAUUUGCAGCGAAAAAAUUUAAAAUUUUACGUUUGAAACGAUAUCAAGGUGAAUUAAUGGAAGUGGCUGUAUUACGUGCUGUCGGUAAACAUCCACAAAUAGCUCAUUUACAUGCUGCCUAUGAGCAUAAUCUUCAUUGUACAUUGAUUACAGAAUUCGUUCCAGGUGGUGCCCUUUAUAAUCGAAUAGAAAAAGAAGGUUCUUUAGAUGAAGCAAUAACUGUGAGUAUAAUUCGUCAAAUUCUUCUCGGUUUAAAACACCUGCAAGAUUGUUCAGUGAUUCAUCGUGAUUUGAAACCAGAGAAUUUGAUGAUGGUUCAAGCAACUGGUUAUCGAUUAAAAAUUAUUGAUUUUGGGCUAGCUGUAUUUUAUCAAAGUGGCCAAUGUACACCAAUUCCUGCCGGUACACUUACUUAUAUAGCACCUGAAACACAAAACUGUGAUCCACAAUCAUAUACUACAGAUUUAUGGAGUGUGGCUGUAAUUGCAUAUGAAAUUCUUGCAGGUAUCACACCAUUUGAAAUCCCUCAAGAUGGUUGUCGUGAUCGAGUUCUCACUAAUCAUGAAAUAUCCUUGAACAUUACACAUGUCCGAUAUGAUUUUGAAGACCCUGGAAUAGUGGAUGUUUCUAAUGAAGCGAAAGAUUUUAUCAAACAAAUUUUAGUUCGAGAUCCUAAUAAAAGACCUUCAGUAAAAGAUUGUUUAAAUCAUCCAUGGAUGGCAAUGCGUGAAGAGGAUAGACCACUUGUAAAAAGAACUGUUUCACUGUUUCGUCAUAGUACACGAAGAAAACCUAAAGGUUAUCGAGUUAAAACACGAACAACUCAAAAAUAUGAUCCACACAAUUCAGCUGAUUCUAUAACAAACCAAUGA